AUGAGUUUGCACGGACUUGGAGUGAUUGGGGCCCAGGUGGCCGCAUCGAUCAAAAGCAACGACGAGAAAAUCCCUGACACGCCCAAGUUCGCGCCCCCACGAUGCUCCAUUACAUCCUCGCCUGGGGCUCACAGCCAGGAGUUUGAUCCAUCGAUUGGUGCAAAGCCAUGUUCGCCUUUCUAUCCUCAUUCAAGUCCAACAAUCUCACAUGAACAACUCACCUUCGAAACAAAGAACGCCAAUCGGAGAAGCCAUAUGAGAGAUAUCGAAAGCCUGGGACCGUACGCGAGCUGCCGAACGGAUAGUCCCCGGCGAUCGAAGUUGUGGGAGGAAGAGAACAAGCCAUUGACAUGGCUGCAGACCCUGACCAAUAAACAACGAAUGGCACUGAAGGCAGUCGUGGCUGUGGAUGGAAAGCCAGUGCUAAAAAAACGGCGGUUGGUGUAUGAGUUCGACGUUACUUUUGAUCCGGGGCGACGAGCAGCCCGAUCACCAUUCAUUGUGAUUCACUUGCCGAGCUCUCCGACCUAA